GGUAAACCUAUUUUUGCUUGUAUGAUAACUGAUGUUACGUUGAGGGAGUAGGCCUACCUAACAACUUAUUGUAAUGUUUAAGGAGAACUUAACAAGCAGGUUUCUAUAGCAGAGAAAGCUUCUGUUUAUGACUUCAUCUGCCUUAGAGUGACAUAAAAAAAAAUCAGCAAAGAGCGAAUCAAGUUAGUCAUUGCAAGGAUUACACACAAGUGGCCUCUUGCGCUCACCCACGAGUGAGAAGGAGUGGCCGUGGCUGCUUAUUACCUGAGCCAGUGGACAUGGUUUGAUUCACACUCACACUCAGACACAACACAGUGAGACACAGUCAGAACAGCCAGGGAAGUAGGAAGGGAGAACGCAGAGACAUACCAUAGCGGUGGAAAAUAACUGGGAUAAUCAAGGCCGCCUUUCCAAAGUAAAAGGCUCAGAAUGGAUUCCACACAGCCUACUGCGCCCCACCACGACAACGCGGGCUACAGGGACGACAACGAUAGACCUCCGUCCUAUAACCAGUCCCAGGGCCUGUACCCUACCGUCCCACAAUGGUCCCCGCAACCCGUCGUCAUGACCAGCACCAGCGUCCCAGAGCCCGUUCGGAGAAUAGAACCAAAGAGUAACAGGAAAUAUGUGUUUUGUGGACUUGUCGCCUUCGCUCUCAUCGUGUUAGUGGGGGGAGUGUUGAUAUGGUACUUUGCUUUCUACCAGAGAGGGCUGUCAUGUGAAAGUGCCAUUGACCUUAAAGCAUCCCAGUGGUGUGACGGCGUCAGAGACUGUAUGGGAGGAGAGGAUGAGUCCAAUUGCCUUCGCCUCCAUGGGACCGACUUUGUACUGCAGAGCUUCUCAGCCACCAGCCACACCUGGCGGCCUGUUUGUGCGGAGCGCUGGAGAGACGACUUGGGCAGAGCUUCCUGUAAACAGAUAGGCUACUCAAGUACCGAGUUUGUUUCCUCCACCCAGACGGUCGUAGGCUCUCUGGGGACGGGAGGCUACAGCAAGCUGAAGUUAGGGUUCUACCAACCGGGUGACCAGAUUCAUUCACACCUCAGGGACAGCCGAACGUGUAAUUCCAACAUGGUUGUCAGUCUGCGCUGCAUUGCGUGCGGUGUCAGUGAGAUGGACCCCAGCACGCGCAUCGUGGGCGGGACCCCUGCGGAUUGGAAUGCCUGGCCCUGGCAGGUCAGCCUGCAGUACUACGGCCACCAUUUCUGCGGUGGCACCAUCAUCGGCCAAUACUGGAUCCUAACGGCCGCCAACUGCUUCCAAUCAGAGCUGUCUAAUACAUCUAUAUUGCGUGUCGACUACGGGGGCGUUCGCCUGAGUUGGAUGUUUUCCAGUGCGUCGGUGCAAAGAAUCAUCGUCCACGAGGACUACAACAUCGAGCCCCAGGCCAACGACGUGGCUCUCCUGAGGCUCAGACGACCUCUGACCUUCACCCAGGAUGUGAGGCCGGCAUGUUUGCCCAACGUCGGCGUGAACCUGAACCCAGAGCGAAACGCCUGGACCACCGGUUGGGGAACUCUGAGCUCUGAGGGUGUCAGCCCGGAUGAGUUGAUGCAGGCCGAGGUGACCAUUUACAGCAGGGACAGGUGCAACCAACGGCACAUAUUGGACCAACGGGUGACUGAAACCAUGAUCUGUGCUGGAAAGUUGGCUGGAGGAGUGGAUUCAUGUCAGGGGGACAGUGGGGGACCACUGGUGACCAAGGAAGGUGGUGUGUGGUGGCUGGUUGGGGACACCAGCUGGGGCUUCGGAUGUGCCUUACGGAACAGACCAGGGGUCUACGGCAACGUGACCUACUUUUCGGACUGGAUCCAUAAGCAAAUGCAGAUAGUUGGCCCUCAUCGGGGCUCAUGGGGUCCAGCUUACUAAUUGGCAGACGCUAAAUCCCUGCGUCUGCUACCUGUUGGUGUUAAUUAACAGAAGCAUGAUGCCGCUUCCGACGCCCUCUUCCGUAGCUUCACAGAUGCUACAAUUAAGCACUUGUUUGUUCAGCCUGUUUAGAGUGAAUGUGAUGGAGGGAGGGAGCUCUCCCCUGUCCCCAUCUCAAGCCAUCCCCAAGCAUCUGCCUUUUAGUUUUCUGUUGGGUUUCCGCUUACUUUUUGGUUUGUAGUGGGAUCCAAGUGGAUCUCAGGCUGGUGAGUUGAACACACACACGCACACGCACACGCACACGCACACACACAAACAAAUUCACACAAACAAACCUUCUCAGUCACAUGUCCCAUUUAAAUGAGCUCUCGUCAGUGACACUGGAGGAUUUGCAAUGACAGAUUUGAUUUGCAAAGUUGUGAGCUUAGGCAAGCAUGUUGACUGAAGAUGUUCGUGUGUAGUCUCUACUAAUAGUCAAAUCUCCUAACCUUUAUGCCUCCUUUCCGUAACCUUUGUGGAAAACGUCAUCGGGUCAAGGAGAGAUGAAAAGGUGCUUCCAUUCGAACAUAGGAAAAGACAGCACUGCACACAGGUCAGAGCACAGGUCAUUCUCGUAAAAGGGAUUUUAAUCUCAAUGAAUUUCUACAUGGUUAAAUAAAUGCUUUGGUACAUUCAUGCAAAUUAUUAUGUACAAUUCUCUGCUCCUUCCUUUACAUUAUCAAUUGCUUAUGUCAUGUUGCUCAAAAUGUAUUGUAAUGGGUUUCUAUUGAAUAGUCUCAUCCCCCACAACAUUUAGGCAUUACUUCAUUGCAUAAGUCUUUACAUGCAAAAUGGUUGAAGAAGUUGUCAUAAUAUGUCAAGAAUAUUUCUAUACAUUUCCAUUAGACUUUUUUUCUAAAUCUGUCCUGAAAUGGUAGAUUGAUACCAGGUUAUCUUUACUUUCUCUAAAGAAGGGAAAUGUGUGAAGUGUUAGAUCAACCAACGAUCAACCAGUUUACUGAAAUAGCUCAAAGGUGCAUCUCGUGAACCAUGAACUGGCAAGUAUAUAUAUAAAUAGCUGGAGCACAACACAAUGUUACAUUGUCUGACAAUGGAAGGACAAGGAAUUGGACGGGGUCAACAGCCAGAGAGAAGAAGAAGAGGAAGAGGAGUGAGGCUGCCUGAGAAUAAGAAUUUGUGGCCCAACAGAAAGGAAUGUCAGGAGGUGUAGGAAGACUGCACUGUAAUUCCUACAGCAAUGCAUGUACAGUUUACCCUAAGGAGAUUGUCCUAUGAUCACAUUUCUAGCAAUGACAUGGUCUGUCAACAAAUUACAGAACAAACAGUCAAAGCGUUAAUGUGAAUCUUGACUCUAGGCAAUCAAUCUCCCACAUACACUAAGGUGUAACUUAAAAUUUACACUAAUUGUCUUCAAAACUUUCGCCAUAGUUUACAUCAGAACAUCCCUCCAGAGUACACUGUUAUAUUGACAACAUGACUAAGCAAUUUGACUGUCUUAUCCGUACACAACGACACAAGGACUUGUCAUUCUGAUGGCACUGACAUGUUCAUUGACACAGAUAUUAUCUUUUGAGAGAUGAACUAAGGAUUUUGAGCAAGAGACUGGCUUUUGCAGGUAAUCCAUGGUGUUCUGCUAUUUGUACAAAUUGUUUUGAGAAAUGCAUUUACUUUUUUGCAAAUGUUGAGGAUGAUUCGAGAAAUGUACCAAAGCGACUGAGGAAAAGUGUAUUAACCAGCAAUAAAUUAAUGAAUUAA